UCAUUGCCAGCCAACUCUCUCUCCAAUUCCCAUUUCAAAACAAAAAAACCUUACACCUUUUCAGUACCCUUUUGCCUCUUUUUUUAAUUCUCUGAAUCAAAAAAAAAAAAUCUUUAACCUUCUUCUUUCUAUAACUAUAGUGAAGUAGUUUGUCUCUUCAGUAUUAAAAAAAAAAACUGAACAUAUUCUCUAUUAGCAAAAACAUUAUGAAGGAGUUAUGGACAACAUUGGCAUCGAUGAUGGGUGUAUGGGCAUUCAGUCAAAGUCUGAUUCAGGUAGUAUUUCCACCGGAGAUUCGUUUCGCCAUUCUCAAAAUCAUACACCGAAUCUGUAACUGGUUCUCAGCUUAUUGCUACUACGAUAUCACGGAGAUCGACGGAGUAAACACCAACGAGCUUUACAACGCUGUUCAGCUUUACCUGAGUAGCUACGCUUGUGUUACCGGUAAUCGUUUGAGUUUAACGAGAGGACUCAAUUCGAGCAGUAUAACUUUUGGGUUAUCGAAUAAUGAUUCUUUAAUAGAUGCAUUUAACGGCGUUAAAGUUCAUUGGGAACAUGUGGUUACUCCGAGAAACUCACAGACAUUUUCAUGGCGGCCAUUACCGGAGGAAAAAAGAGGGUUUCUCCUUCGAGCUAAGAAAAAAGAUAAAUCUGUUGUAUUAGGUGAUUAUUUAGAUUUCGUUAUGGAAAAAGCUAAUGAAAUUAGAAGAAAAAAUCAGGAUCGAUUGUUGUAUACAAAUUCACGUGGUGGUUCACUUGAUUCGAGAGGUCAUCCUUGGGAAUCGGUACCGUUUAAACAUCCCAGUACUUUCGAGACGCUAGCUAUGGAUCCUGAGAAAAAAGCUGAGAUUAUGGCAGAUCUUUUGGAUUUUGCUAAUGGGGAAUCUUUUUACCAGAGAACAGGUAGAGCUUGGAAAAGAGGUUAUCUUCUUUAUGGACCACCAGGUACUGGAAAGUCUAGUAUGAUUGCUGCAAUGGCUAAUUUUCUUGGUUAUGAUAUUUAUGAUCUUGAAUUAACAGAAGUUCAUACUAAUUCCGAGUUGAGGAAGUUGCUGAUGAAAACUAGUUCAAAGUCUAUUAUUGUUAUUGAAGAUAUUGAUUGUUCUAUCAAUUUAACUAAUCGAAAAAACAACAGUACUAGUAGUAAUAGUAGUAGUAAUUACAAUGUUUCACCUCCUGGGAGCGGUGGUGGUGGUGGUGGUAGUAGUGAAGAUGGUGGUGGGAAUACUAUAACUCUAUCUGGUUUGUUGAAUUUUACUGAUGGCUUAUGGUCUUGUUGUGGUAGUGAGAGGAUAUUUGUUUUCACAACGAAUCACAUUGAGAAGCUUGAUCCAGCGUUAUUGAGGUCUGGAAGAAUGGAUAUGCAUAUUCACAUGAGCUAUUCGUCUUUCGCUGCACUCAAGAUUCUCUUGAAGAAUUACUUGGGAUACAACGAAGACGAUGUAGAGAAGGAGUUGUUAGAGCAAUUGGAGCAAGUGAUGGAGCGAGCUGAAAUGACACCAGCGGAUAUAAGUGAAGUGUUGAUCAAGAACAGGAGGAACAAAGACAAGGCGGUAUGGGAGUUACUCGAAGCAUUGAAAACAAGAGCGGAGAUGAAUGACAACAAGAGUAGUAAUAACAAUGCAGGUAAAAACAACACAAUUGAAGACGAGGAACAAGAGAAAAGGGCAUUAUUAGUUGAGAGUUCUAAUGAAAUUGGUGGUGAUGAAUUGCAAGAAAAAUGUAACAAAGGUGAUGAUGUCAAUGAUGAUGAAAAGGUACUUUAGUAUUAUAAAAACUAUAUGGUUAAAAAAUUUUGAUUCUUUAAAUCUUUUAUGGAGAGGGGAUGACAAGGGAAGUUUGGUGUAUGAAGAGUACAUAAUUUUACUAUUCAUGACAUGGAAAUUUUAAGGUGUAGGGGGGAAGUUGGGGAAAAGUAGUACUAUUGUUCUAUGUUACUAUUGCUUUUGAUAUUUUGGAACUUGCAAAAAUAAUGGAAAACCAAAACAAAGUAUGAUUUGUUGAUUAACAUGUGGGGUGUUUGGUUAUGUUAGUUCAACUUUGUCCCUCUGGAAAUGGUUAAUAUUAGCAUUAUGAGUUUUUA